AUGAAAUCCAGCCCCACUGCCUCAAUCGGACUCGACCUCGCGACCAACAAGAAGUCAACCAACACCAGUGGCGGGAAUGCAGAAGAGGAGCGAAGGGAAAAUGCGUUCAGUGCAUCAAAAAGGGCAAAGCCAUCAAAACUCAGCUUGAGGCAGAGGAUGAUGGCAGAUCACAAGGUAAUCGUUGGAAGAAGGCCUUGCAUACCCACUAGAGAAAAAUCAGAUGAGGAAGGUAAAAAUCUUGACCUUGAUGCUGAAAUUACCAUAGUGAAUGAGAAGAAGAAAGUUGCCGAGAAUGGAGUUGUUGGUCUAGGACGAGUUAGAGAAUUUGCUUGGGUGAAAUCUCCCAUUACUGUGUGUGAAAUGUAA